AUGAACAAGCUCCUCCUUCUUUUCGUCAUCGUUGCUAUCAUCGCUAUGGCUUCUGCUCAAUGGGGAGGUGGUCCAUACGGUCGUGGAGGAUACGGACCAUACGGUGGACGUGGAUACGGAGGAUACGGAGGACGUGGAUACGGAUACGGAGGACGUGGACCAUACGGAUACGGACCACGUUACGGAUACGGACCAGGACUUCUAGGAGCUCUCGUCGGAAAGUAA